AUGUCAUUAGCAAUGCUGUGUCUUCUCAUUCACAGUGCUGCCUGUGGCCCUCCCAUGUGUAACAACAAUCUCUCUGAUCUGAAGCAAGCUUUUUCUUCCUCCUUGUUGGCCCCAGCUCUUGUCAUAUGGAUUCACAACCAUGCCCAAGGAAAUUCCACAUUGAAAAAUCUCCCAUGCACCGCAUGUUUGCCAUGUUGUAAUGUUCUCUUGCAGUUGGAAAGAGUCUCCACACAACAUAGGGAGGUCAUGUCUCACAUCGUUUCCAUGGUGGAUCAUGUGGAUUGGACAUGUUCAGCUCAAGAGUGUCCAUUACAUGAUCAUUUGAGAAGAUCUUUAUCAAAGGUGAUUGAGGAGAAGAGUGCUUCAGUUUUGGAGGUAUUGGAAUUCAUGAGUCAGCAAGCAACACAAGGUGAGAGUGCAAUCAUUGCUUCAAGAAUCAAGCAACACUUGCUAGAAUAUGCCUCUGAAGUAAUUAGAAAUGGAAAUUCAAAACCAAAACAACAUAAUAUGAAAGACUUUAUUUCCAACGUGAUGAGUUGUCCUUGCACGGCAUGUCCUUUGGAGUGUUCGUUCAGAUAA